CUUCUUCUCCUGUGCAAUCAGGGUAUGCCAGAGAGUGACAUUCCACAUCGGAGCAAGCUUAGUGAAGCCAUUCUUAGUGAGUGGGAUAGUGAGUUUGAUAAGCUCAAAGCAAGGCUAAAGUCCACCCAAGGGAAAAUCUCUUUCACAGCUGACAUCUGGUCUGACUCACGGCUCCGCCCUUUUCUUGCAAUCACUGCCCACUGGAUCGAGCAAGAUGCCAAGAAAGACUUGUCUCUCCAAGCAGCACUCAUU